AUGGCCGUCCAGGAUUUCCUUCAGGUCAGUUUUUCUCGUUCAAAACUCCGUUUAAAAAGGCGUGGCUAUCCAGUCAGAGCUCUAGGUCGUUGGUGCAAACUUUCGAAAUACUUGAUGAAGUAAGCCGCUUUGAUAAAAAAUUUGUCUUGAAAUCAAGCAGCACUGCUUCAAAAUGAAGAAAAUGUGCCUUAUUCCAUCGUUGAUGUUUCUGACCCCUUUUUUUGGAAACGUCAAUUUUUCUGGAGCAUGAACAGACUAGGGGAUGAAGAGAAGCAGGUCUGGUCCACAAUCAUAGUGAUCCCAUCGUAACCGCUACGCAUUGAGCCAUUCUCCGUGCGACCGAAAUCGGCUCUGAACUGACUUUUAUUUCAGAAUGAGUCUGUGGGAAGCCUUGCGGGACGAAUGAUAAGAAGAAUCACAAAGGAACAGCAUCUGGAAGGCUUUACCGAUAGACAAGUCUAUCGAAUUCUGGCUGCGGUUGGGAUUUCGACGCUUCUCAUUUUCGAAAAACAGUUUCUUAGGCAAAAGAGCAACUCGAAAAACUUGGAGCUUUGAUAAAAGUCGGCGUUCCGAUCAUUAUUUUUGGCGAUAUUCAUGGACAACUCGGCGAUUUACUCAGGUACGUCGUGAGUUGUUCGAAGUCCCUUCCUCGAGUAUUUGAAGGAGCGUAGACAGUUUUCGAAAAGGUCUCGAGGCGAAUGAAUGUAGUAAAAAUUAAUUUGAGCUACGCCGAUCAUCAAGCAGAAAUAAUUCGUGAAAUCAAAUUUGAAUGACCAUUCGGAGUUGUUCAAAGACCUUCUGUGACCAGUUGAAUAAUUGAACCUUGUUUGCUUUCUCACUAAAAUAUCUUACUGGGACGUUUAGAGGAGCCUAGACAGUUUUUGAAAAUCUUUACGAGGCAGAAUGACUUUUUUUCAGGUUAUGAAAGAGUUCUGCUCCUUUUAAUACCUCAACUAUGACUUCUUAACAACGAUAUUUGAAAUUGGGGGAACAGGAAGCGUGGAAUCACUGAAACUAUUAACUUGAGUACUUAUUUAAGUAAUUUCCACUGACUAUGCUUCUUUUUGUAGAGGCUCUCCGAAAACUCUUCUAUUUUCAAGGAAAAGUCUUUUGCGCUUUCGUAAAACCAAAAAAAUGAUUCAUAGAGAGAUUUCGAACGAAAAGUGAAUUUUUCCACUCAUUUUUUAUUUUCAAGAUAUUUCGAGACGGUAGGCACGCCUGCCGACCGUCAAAUGCUCUUCCUCGGUGACUAUGUUGACCGUGGAGCUCAUUCUUUCGAAGUUCGUUCCAUUGAAAAGCUGUUGUUUGACACAACAAGUUCCAGGUCAUAAUGCUCCUCUUGUGCUACAAAGUAUUACACCCGACUAGGACACAUUUGCUGCGAGGAAAUCAUGAAUGCUUCAAGGUAUAUCACAUUAAGGGAUCACUGAGGUGCCUCAAUACCACACAAGUGACAAAUUGAAGUAUUCUAUCUGAUUAUCGGUAAAAUACAGUACUUUUCGAAAUUGAAAUGAAUUGAUAACGGAAAAAAAGAAGGUAACAUGACAGUUUACGAGCAUUAUUCUUCCAUGAAUCGAAAAAUUUCAUUUCCUCUCUUCCUUUUUUUAUGUCUUCUUCUAUAAAAAAAUAACAGUUUCAAAUCUUAAUUAAAAACAACUACUUUUUUUGAUUGUUUGCCAAUUUUUCGAAGCUCUAUCUCUAUUUUUUUAAUCCAAUAUUUGGUGUUUCAUUCGGACGAUGCUCUUUAUUUUUAUCAUUCCCAAUAUUUGAGUUCAAGUUGAGUAGAAAAAAAUUUGAAAAAAACGUUUCAAGAUGAACCGAAUCUACGGGUUUCACGAAGAGCUCAAGCGCAAGCGAUCGUUGCUGCUCUGGAGAAUUUUUUUCAGGACGUGAGAAUUUAUUUGAAUGAUUUUUAGAUUGCUCAUCGACAAUCUUGAUUAAAAUUGUAAAAAAAAGUUUUUCCUGAUUUUAAUCUUUUUUAAAAAAAGAUAGCAAGACAUUUCUGGAAUGUUAUCACUCUUCUCUCCCUUUUUAGGUGUUCAAUGAUAUGCCGCUUUGUGCCUCGAUCAGCAGACGAAUCCUGUGCAUGCACGGAGGAAUCUCAGAACAUGUCCAUAAUUGGCAAGACCUGGAGAAUUUGGACAAGCCGAGAAGGCCAAAGGUUUUUUGAUUUCCAGAUCAAAUUUGAGAAGUCAGUAAUAGUGCCAAGUUGUGACUUACCGAAAGCUUGAAAUUUCUUUGAAGCGUAGCAAAUCGACUUGGACCCGAAAGUCGGGAUUUUUUAUUUUAUUUGAUUUUUCUUUUGGAGCUUUAAAAAUAUAUCAGACUAGUUUGAACAGUUUUAGAAGACCGAUUGUCAUAGUUCAUACUGUCUCAAGAGUUUUAACUGACCUUCCGGCAUUCAAAUUCGUAUAUUACUUUUUCAAGGAGUGUGAUGAAGGAAUCGCUCUUGACCUCAUGUGGGCCGAUCCGACACAAAGCAAAUGCACGACUUUUUCAAUGAAUACGGUAUUCCUAUAGAUUCCUCCCAAGACCCACCAAACAUCUCUAUUUUUAGGCAAGGGCUAUAUCUGUCAUUUUUGGCGAAAAAGCGACCACUUCAUUUCUUGAAACUCUCAAAUUGGACAUGGUCGUUAGGGCGCACGAAGUUUCCAAGGUUUUUGAAGAAUUUGAACGAAUCCAAAUUUAUUAAAUAGUUUUUUUCAGGACGGCUUCACAUUUUUCUUCAAUAAAAAACUGGUUACCGUCUUUUCGGCCCCAUUUUAUUGUGGCACUGACGGAAACAGUGGCGCGGUUAGUUUCGGAAAUACUGAGAUUGAAACGGUUAUAGAAAUUAUUUGGAAAAAAAAGUUAGAUUUCCCCCCUGAAAAAUGAAGAUUAAUGGUUGCGAUCUGAUCAAAAACUACAAAAACUCAAAAACUUCAAAAACUACAAAAUCAAAAACUACAAAAAGAUCGACUUGGUUCAUCGAAAAGAUUAAAAAUCUGAAUUCAGAUUUAAUUAUUCGCUCCAAUCAAUGACAGGAAAUUCUAGUUUUUAAAUAUGAUUUUUUUUUCCGAUUUCUGGUAUAUCUUUUUUGGUUGACUAAAAGAUUAUGCGGCGAAUCAGAUUCAAGGGUUCCUCUGGAGCUGCUAAGUAUUCUCAAACGGCUAUUUCUACCUGAUUCGCCGCUUUUAUCUCAAAUUUAACUAUCAGAAGAUCCUUUCUUUUGUAAGUUGAAUCGACCUUUCGUUUUAUAGAUUAUGAAGCUAUCGGCUGAUUUCGCCGCUUCUUUUGUCAUUUUGAGGCCGAGACUCGUUCGCUCGCAAAUAUUGGAAAACAUCAAAGCUCUCCAAAAUAAUUACGAGGCGAUGGCUGCUCCCAGCCCUGACCCCAGGUUUUUUUUCCCCUUUAAAACCGGAAUUCCAGUGAGAAUUUAAAAAAAAAAUUUUAAUUUUCAAGGUCUCGAAUCGGAGACAAAGCGGCAGUCAAGCAAAAAACUCCAUGA